GGGUGAUGUCUGGCGUUCGACUGGCGCCCCACCCCCACAAAAAGGGCCCCAAACAGUCCCCCCGGACUACUCCCGCAGCAGCUGCGCCCGCACCCGCACGGCCCGAAUUAACAAGACGACAUGGAAGUCUCUCGUCGCUCUCACGCCACGCCGUCUCCCCGCACCACAACCACGGAACGCUGGCGUCACGCGACUCCCCGCUUGCGGCCGCGGCACCUCCCCGCAUCCAAGGGUAACCUGACUUUGGCAUGAGUCCAAUCACCGCAAAAUGGCGCAGACGAUCCUCCGCUCCAGCUGAGACGUCGGUCCUAUCCGCUCUAUUUAACUGCACCCGCAGUUCGCCUCCUACUAGUUCUUCUUUUUUUUUUUCCCUUCAUCACUUCCAGUGAUUAAACAUCCAGUGACAACACAACCAUUCAAACUCCCUUUUUCCCAAUCUUCAAUACCGGCAAGAUGAGUGCAUUCACGAACACGGCGCCCCACUGCGCCAUCCUCCCCAAGCCCUUCCCCACGGGCACCUACACCGUCGGCCAACUGAUGACGGACCCGCGCGCCCCGCGCACCUUCCUGUCGACCAAGACGCUGCGCGACAAGGACUACGACGACACGCGCAUGACGGCGUGGUACAAAGACGUGGCCGCGCUGUCGAGCCAAGGCAACUUCCUCAAGUCUCUGGGCGGGGAGCUGCUGGUGCCGCGCCCCCGCCGCAACAGCACGCGGCUGGUGAGCAUCGAGGCGGAGAAAUUCGCCGUGCGCGCCCUCAAGCAGCCCAUCGCCGCCUUCACCCAAGUCACGCACGCCCCCGCCGCCGGCACCUUCCUGCUGCAAGCCGCGCAGGCCAAGAAGCCCGUCUACUUCGUCGCCGCCACCCAGGAGCUCACCAACGCGUCGUACAGCCACGCGCGCGCCCGCGACGCCGGCAACGGCCUUGUCGAGGUGGCGCGCGAGCGGCGCGGCAGCAUGGCCGACGCGCCGCCGACCAUCGACGAAGAAGCCGUCGCCGAGUCGCCGACGGACACGGCGGCCCCUGCCAUUGGCGAGCCUAGGCCUCGCUGGCAGCGCCGCCGCGACUCCGGCUUCGAGGAGCCCACGCACACCAAGUCGGACGUGCUGGGCGUGGAGCUGCGCGAGGUGCGGGUGCGGAUCCAGCCGCGCGAGGCGGCCAUGCCCACGAGCGGGACGCACAAGCGGCGCGGCUCGGUGCGCGACCCGGAGUUUGAGUGGACCGAGGUGCGGGUGCCUGCGGACGAGGAGGGCGAGGAAACCGUCUUGCGCGUUGGGCUGGGCCCCGCGCUCGACCAGGAGGAACUCUCUGAUUUGUGGGACGAUGAGGCUGAGCCUGAAGACGAAGACGACUAGAAUGGGGCGUUUGGGGGUUCCGGCGUUUUUCUGGUGUGUCAGAUCGCCGGACGACUGAUUGAUUGACUGAUUGACUGGGACGGGACGGGACGAUGCGACGAGAUAUAUGCCGGCGUUUUUUGUUUGUUUUUUGCUGUUUGUUUGUUUUCUUGUCUUUUCUGUUUGUCUCUGCUUUUCCUUGCGAGAUGAGGCUCGACGACGACGCUUGUGUACCACCACCACCACCAUCGCCACCACGCACUGCUACUACUUACUGACUUUACUACCAUAAACCAUAAACCUAAACUAACUACCGCU